GGAAGCCUUGACUCCCACUAGCAUUGGCCUUGAAUCAGGGUCGGCUUCGGAGACCCCGAAUGAAGAACGCGGCGCAUUUCUCUUUUUUGGGGUUGCAACCCAUGUCAGGCUCAGCCCAUCGAAUACGAAAUGCCACGGCCCUCACCUUCAUUAUGCCCUUUUUCCUUUGGCACCGGGUGGGAGAAGCAUGUGCAGUUGGGUGGGCGGGAUCGUUCAGGCGGAGCCUCAUGGUUCCGUCUAAUCGUUUAACUAUUUAAAGAGGAGAUAUCUGUCCAUGGUGCAUCUCUUCUUUUUUGUGUUUCUGCUCUGUUGUGUCCGGCCAAUCCCCGAUUUUCUCCAGCUUAAUCGCCUACAAUAUUCUUGUAUAACUAGUUAUCCUUUGCGAGUGUCGUAUUCAGCGUGUGUCGAAUAAUUGCUCAAGUUAUAAUCCCAGCCUUCUGAACGGAAAAUGGUGCUGGAUUCAUUAUCCCGCCGAGGUGUGCUUGACGACCUUGCGAAGUAUUUCCCCCAUUUCGGCGGGAUUGCCAACGGCUCCCUCUGGCCGAUAACUCCUGAUUCGGGACACCACUCGCCGUCCCAGGGGCCUACGGGUGGGCUGCUGCAGGACCUUGGGAGUUUGGAUGUCAAGGAUGUCGGGACGGUCCUGGAGCUUCUUAAGAAUACCGCCAGUGGUGCGCCUGUCGAGGACAAGCGUUAUAUUAUGGAAAGAGUCAUACAGCUGGCUUCGUCGCUACCCAGUACAUCCCACAACCGUACUACUAUCACAAAUACUCUGCUGGCUCAGCUUUGGAAUGACCUGAGUCACCCACCGGUCUCGUAUUUAGGUCGCGAUGUUAUUUAUCGACAGGCGGAUGGCUCAUAUAAUAAUAUCUAUUGGCCUCAAAUUGGAAAGGCGGGAUCCAAUUAUGCAAGGAGUGUGCAGCCGAAAUCGAUACAGCCAGCCUCGCGCCCAGAUCCAGGUCUCCUGUUCGACGGCCUUCUCGCAAGACAACAGUUCAAAGAGCACCCAAACAAAUUAUCGAGUGUGCUCUUUUAUCUUGCAGCUCUUAUCAUUCAUGACCUUUUCCGAACGGACCCAAGGGAUAAUUCUCGCAACAUGACGUCUUCAUACCUGGACUUAUCGCCGUUGUACGGCUGCAACCAGGAAGAGCAAAAUCAAGUUAGAACGUUUAAAGAUGGGAAGCUCCGGCCGGACUGCUUUUCUGAAAGGCGUAUUUUCGGGUUCCCUCCUGGUGUUGGUGUUCUGCUUAUUAUGUUCAAUCGUUUCCACAACUAUGUUGUCCAAAAUCUCGCAGCGAUUAAUGAAAAUAACCGGUUCCGAAAACCCGAUGAGAGUGAUGCAGAUGCCUGUGCGAAGUACGACAACGAUCUCUUCCAAACUGGACGCCUAAUCACCUGCGGCCUUUACAUAAACAUUAUCCUGAAAGACUAUGUUAGGAACAUUCUCAAUAUCAAUCAGACAGAUAGUGACUGGAGCCUCGACCCUCGUUCGGAUGUGAAAGAACUUUUGAGCCACAAACCUGUUCAGGAGGCCGGUGGAAACAUGGUGGCUGCGGAAUUCAACCUGGUUUACCGAUGGCAUUCUUGCCUUUCUGAUAGAGAUGAUCGUUGGAUGCAGGAAAUCUUCGAGAAAGCUUUGGAUGGAAAAGACCUAGACACUAUUGGUAUGCCAGAAUUCCUGGGGAAAAUCAGGAAACUACAGAGUUCUAUUCCUGAUGACCCUAUGUUACGGCCGUUUGCAAAUCUUGAGCGGCAGUCAAACGGGUCGUAUGAUGACAACGAUCUGGUUAAAAUCCUCACGGAGAGCAUUGAAGAUUGCGCCGGCUCUUUUGGAGCGAGACAUGUGCCCAAAGUUUUGCGAUCUGUGGAGAUAUUGGGCAUUCUCCAGGCUCGCUCGUGGAACCUGUCGAGCCUCAAUGAGUUCCGGAAGUAUUUCAACCUCGCCCCUCAUACCUCGUUUGAAGAUAUCAACUCAGAUCCCGAGGUUGUGGAACAAUUGAGGCACUUUUAUGGUCAUCCCGACAAUGUCGAGUUGUACCCUGGUAUCGUCGUCGAGGAAGGAAAACCCCGUAUAGUUCCGGGAAGCGGUCUAUGUGCCAGCUAUACCAUAUCCCGCACAGUCCUCUCCGAUGCGGUGGCACUAGUGAGAGGCGAUAGAUUUUAUACUGUUGACUAUACACCACAGAAUCUUACAAACUGGGGAUAUAACGAAGCAAACUACGAUAUGACGGUUAACAAUGGCCACAUAUUCCACAAGCUUAUCCUCCGCGCCUUUCCCCGACAUUUCAAGCCCGAUUCGGUUUACGCCCAUUUCCCAUUUGUUAUACCCUCUGAGAACAAGAAGAUACUGAGCGACUUGGGCUUGGCUGAAAAAUACUCUUGGGAAAGACCUGGUGCUGUGCCUCAUCCCACUGUGAUCCUUUCUCAUGGCGCCUGCAACGCGAUACUGCACAAUAAGGAAGAUUUCAAGAUCACUUGGGGCGAAAAAGUCAAGCAUCUAAUGGCGCGAAAUUCUAUUCCGUACGGUGCUGACUUUAUGCUGUCUGGAGAUGAGCAGGUGCACGAGGACUCACGCCAAAUGAUGCAAAAAGCGUUAUACAUAGAGGACUGGUGCGGGCAGGUUAGGGCUUUCUACGAACGAAUAACCCUAGAACUGCUUCAUUCAAAGUCACAUCGAAUUUCUGGAGUUAGUCAGGUUGAUAUCGUUCGUGAUGUUGCCAAUCUGGCCGCAAUUCACUUUAGUUCGAACAUCUUUCUGCUUCCUCUUAAGACAGAAGGGCUGCCACAUGGAGUUUUCACAGACACAGAGCUUUACAGAAGCAUGGCCCUGAUUUUGAAUUACAUAUUUUACGACGUCGACCCAACGCAAAGUUUCAAGCUCCGAGAGCGUUCUCGAAGCGAUUCUCAGAAACUCGGAGAGCUUGUAAUGUUGAAUGUUCAAGCUAUCUCGAAGACUGGCUUUAUUGGGAGUAUUAUUGACAAACUGCACGGAAACGAAGCUCUCGCAAAUUAUGGGGUUCAUAUGAUACGGCGCUUGCUAGCAACACAGAUGCCUAUUGAUGAGCUUGUCUGGACACAUAUCCUUCCCACCGCUGGAGGCAUGGUGGCAAAUCAAGCGCAACUGUUUUCUCAGUGCCUUGAUUUCUACCUUUCGGAGCAAGGAUCAAGACACUGGCCGGAAAUUCGUCGACUGGCUGGCUUGAAUACCAAGGAGGCUGAUGAUCUUCUCCUGAGAUACUUUUUGGAGGGAGCUCGGAUACGAUCCACUGUAGCUCUGUAUCGCGAUGUUUCCAAAGAUUGCAAGGUUAAAGAUCACGGCAAAGAGGUAAAUUUGCAUGCCGGACAACGAGUCAUUUGCAAUUUGAUGUCUGCAUGCAAGGAUCCCGAGGUUUUCCCUGAGCCCGAUGAGGUUGACCUCACUCGCGAUCUAAAUUCGUACAUUCACCUUGGCGUCGGUCCUCAUGAGUGUUUGGGCAAGGGCAUGGUUCAAAUAGGCCUUACAACCAUGCUUAAGGUUGUGGGGAGACUUGACAACCUGCGCCGGGCACCCGGACCCCAGGGACAGCUGCAUAGCAUUCCUGGACCAGGCGGAAUCCCGCUUUACAUGUCGGAAGAUGAGAGCGAGGUUUCUCCUUUCCCGGCUACGAUGAAGGUGCUGUGGGACGGGGAGCUGCCGCCUCUUCCACAGUGAGUCAGGAAAGUGUGAAAGCGACUGAUCGUAUGAAGUUUCCUUAAAUCUUUGACUUCCUGUCCUGUUAUUAGAGUGUUCCAAGUUGUGGGGCUUGUUUUAAGGACUGAUAUGUGGUAUGUUUGUAUGUAUCACGAUGUAGUUCCUAAGGUACUUGUAUCUGUAGGAGAAUAAUAAUAAUAUCACGAAUUCGAAUCAAUAGCAAUGCUUAUUAAAUCAGUU